AUGGAAGAAGCCGACGAGGCGAUGAUCCCGCACUCAGGCAGGCCCCAAGGUCCGCCCAUAGCAAUACACCCACCUUUACCACCGUUUAUGGACCACGACUUGCGACUGGAGGAAACAACCACAAGAACGGCGGUAAUCCACGGUGGUAGUGGAGAGACGAGUCGCCAAGUCGAAGCACUGGCCCAACACUCAGCAGCGGUGCAACACAGGACCGCGGAGCAGCUUGGUCAGGUGCAGGAGCAGCUGGAACGACUUGCUGCAAAAACGUCCGAGUAUCUCCAGGCGCAGCAUGACCGGCAGUCGGCGCUGCUGGAGCAACAGGAGGAAAUUAAGCGUCAAAUGGACGAGCACAGACAGUUCUUGGAGGAGCAGUAUCGGCUACUGCGCGCGGCAGAAGAAGCUGUAGGACGUCAAGGCCGUCGUCUGGAGAAUUUGGCGGAGGCGGUGCAGCCUCGCAUUCAGGCUCGUUGGGGUGCGUUUGCACAAGGGGCGGCCACUACUGAGGAUAGUCGCUUACCGGAAGCACCGGCCGUCACUGUGGCAAUUGGAACUAACCUGCCUGUGCAUCCGAUUAACCGAGGAAGUUCGAAAAAGGAGAAGAGGGAUUUUAUGGACAGCUACGCUUUCUACAUGAGGCGAAUGCAGGCACUGAAUCAAGGAACUGAAGCGAAAGUUUUUGUGAUGCCUUUAAGUUCUUGCAUUGAGCAGGGAACAAUGGUCCGAAUUUGCGGUUUUGAGCUCUUUAAGGAAGAAAAGAACGUGACUGAGGCUGAAUGGCGCGAUUAUUUUCUCUCGGCUCGACUACCCGAUAAUACGGCCUAUAAAACUCUGGGUCGUGAAGUAAAGAACCUUUGUAUUGAUACAGAGCUGCAAGAUGUUGAGUCGAGGUUGUCUCGAUUGAUGGCGGACUUUUACGAAAUUGUGGAUCGACUCAACAUAGAGGACAUAGUUCAAGCCGAACCAAAGUAA